CUCGCUAACAGUCCAAACCUGGCAGUGACCAUUGUGCAGUGACUGUCGCAGCAUUUGUGCAGUACCUGUUCACUUGCAAGCAAAAGCGAGUCAGAGCAAAAGUCCACCGCUGUGUUACAUCACUUUAAACAUGACAAGGCACGAAUUUGAGGUGGCCAUGACCUGUGAGGGCUGCUCAGGAGCCGUCACCAAAGUCCUCAGCAAGCUGGGUGAAACUGUGAAGUUUGAGAUUGACCUGCCCAAGAGGCUAGUGUGGAUCGAGUCGGAUAAAGACGUGGAUUUUCUCAUGGAGACGCUGAAGAAAUGUGGGAAGGAGGUCAAGUACAACGGCACUAAGUGAAGAAGUCUGAAGAAGGUUCUGCUGAUGUAGCACAGGCAAUAUUUGCUGGCGUGCAAUGAAGAUUUAUGGAGUUUGAAGCCCUUAUUUAGCUGUUAUGACGAGCAAUGGAGCCAAACGAAUCAACACGGUAUUGUCAAUGUGUUUGCACGUUGUUCAAGCAUUGUUAAUGUGUUAAUCCUUUUUUACACGUAAACAUGCUGUACAAUGCACAAACGUGUUGACGUGUAAUUUGAGAGGCCACUUUCAUGCAAUUUUGAGCUAUUUGGUCACUUAAAAAAAAAAAAAAGUGUUACAGCUAACAUGUGGGAACCCUGUUCUUGCACUUAAACCUUAUCAUGUGAAUCAUCAUCAUCCUCCGAAGUGAACAUACAGAUGUGAAAACACCUGCAGUUGUGCACCAUAGGUAGCGGGGAGCUUCCCUCAGUCUCUCUCUUUCUUCCCUUCAGGGACCACUGGAAUCUGCUUUAAGCUCCCACCUCUGAAAUAUAUUACACUUUACACUACGAAAUCUCAGUAUCGCUAGCGCUACAGAUCACCUAAAUCACAUUGAUUAAAGUUUACUAACAGAAAACCUAGUUUUGUCUUAAUAGCUUGAAGCCCUUAAAGGAUAAUUGUGGUAUUUUUCAACCUUGACCCUGUUUUUCACUCAUUUGGAUCCCAAACGGUAAAAAAAACAGAGCCCUUGUUGUUAUCCUUAAAGGUAGUUCGUUGUGUUUUUGUUAGUCUUUGGGAGACGAGACCACACUCUCCAAGGUUUUUCAGUUGUGUCUGUCUUAGUGUGUUUUAUAUGCACAUGGGAAAUAAACUAUGUAAUCAUUGCUGCCUCA